AUGCAUAAUCAUAUGGAAUAAAUCAUAUCUGAUUGGCCUUCGAUUCCAAAGAAAAUGCCUUUUCACCAGUUUCACAUUUGUUUGCAUAGCCAUGUAUCUUCUCAUAGGAAUAGCCAAUAAAUCUCUCGUAACUUGGGGAUAUCCUUCUCAGCCACAAUAACAGAAAAUUUGCUCCAGUCUAGCACAUCGCUCAAAGGAGGGGGGAAAUUAUCUGCAAUUAUCACUGGGACACACUCAUAAUAUAUGGCUUCAAUGAUCCUAGGGCUGUUCACUUCAUGCGUCCUGCAAAGAAGGCAAGGAGUGGGCGCUGUGACACUCUUAAUCCACCAAUAUUUCUAAGGGGAACCCUGGGGUUCCUAAUAUUAGUUUCUAGCAGUGAAACAUCCUUCCCAGCAACAAAAACUCCUU